GAGGAGAUGGCUGCUGCCAUGGAUGGGGCUCCCCUGCUGUGGAUAGCUCUGCUGCUCUUUUCUCCAGAUGGAAUGCUAAUGGCCCCUCAUAAAUCUGUGAUCUCCUUGAGCCCCCCAUGGAACAGGAUAUUUGAAGGAGAGAAUGUGACUCUUACAUGUAACAGGAACAAUCUCCCUGAAGACAACCUCACUACGUGGUUUCAUGGUGGCACCAACUUUUCAACACGGACUUCAAAUUUGGACAUUGUGAAUGCCAACCUUCAAGACAAUGGGACAUAUGAAUGUCAGAACCAAAAUUUGCCCAGGAGUGAUCCUAUGUACCUGGAACUGUUCAGGGACUGGCUGCUCCUUCAGACCUCUGCUGAGGUGGUGGUGGAGGGUUCGUCCCUCUCCCUCAGGUGCCAUGGUUGGAAGAAUUGGACUGUCUACUCCCCAAUCUACUACAAGGAUGGCCAACCUUUCAAGUAUUGUUAUGAGAACAAUGUCUCCAUUACCAUUACAAAUAUGGCAGCUAGUGACAGUGGCACCUAUCACUGCACCGGCUUCUUUACACUCAAGCAGAAGAAGCAAAAUAAGACAUAUGUUUCUGAGUCCCUCAAUAUUACUGUCAUAAAAGGUCAACAAAGCAAGUAUUUUUGGCUACAACUCAUUAUUCCUCUGCUGGUGGUGAUACUGCUUGUUGUAGAUAUGGGAUUAUUUGUCUCAACUGAUAAACAGUUCAAAUCACUUUUGAAAAUGAAAACGACUAAGAAAGGCAACAAACUUCAGAACCCACAUCCUGGGGCAGACCCCCAAGGAAAUUGAUGUCAUUGUUUAAGAAUCAGUUUGCAACAGCAUUUUUUUUUUAACAGAAUGGCUUUUCAUUUGUCAAACACAGCUCUCAAAGCACAUAUCCAGUUAAAUUUGGUUUAAUGAAGCAGUUCUAUACAUCCUUGACUACAGAUUUUUCUGUGACAUGUAAUACCAAGUGCUCAAUAAACACUGGUUGAAUAAG